AUGUAUCUCAAUGAUCCGGAGUUUGCAACUGCUCUUACCAAUCAAUUCAACAGCCUCUUUCCCGAAAAUGAGAUGAAAUGGUCGUUCAUCAACCCGACCACCUCAGGCACAGGCUUAUCUCGAGCUGCUAUAACCCCGACUUCCGGCUACAUUGCAGAUAACUUACAUAUCGCCCGAGUAGCAGCCCCAGACGCCAAGCUAUUCAUCAACGAAAAUCAUGUCGACUCCGAAAGCGGGCGCAAUAACGGAGAUCGCAACUCCUACGAGGCGCUCGGAUUGGAGGUAGCAAUCGCUAAGCUAGAUGAUCACACGCUCGACAACGCGGUCGAGCCUGAUAUCUACGGCGCCGUCUCCAGCGAGGCUCUUAACGCAGGAAUCACCAAUAUUAACUUCUGA